GGCAGCACCAUCGGGCCGCAACUGGACACCUCGAGGACACAAUCUCGAGUUGCACAGCAUCAAAACCACCCUCGCCGCUCCCCUGGCGUAGCAAACAAAGCGGCAGCAGCAGCAGACACACUGACCAGACCCAAGGCCCUGCCCUCCCCUGCCCCUGCCCCUAGCCAUGGCGGACCCCGUCAGCACGGCCGCCUCGGUCAUCGGCGUCGUCGCGGUCGCCCUCCAGGCAGUCAAGCUGGUCCACGACGCCGUCGAGCGGUACAAGGGCCGCGACAAGGCCAUGGCCCAGCUGUCGGCCGAGCUGGGCGAGCUGCUCGCCAUGCUGGCCGCCGCGCACGACACGGCCGCCCUCGAUCCCGCCGGCCUGGCCCUCGUCCGCGGGCCGAUCGAGCACUGCACCAAGAUCUGCACCGAGUUCCGCGACACCUUGGACGACUUCUACAAGAAGGGCUCGCCGUCGUCGUCUUCCAUGUCGCGCAGAGACUGGGCCAGGAUGGAGUUCAAGAAGGGCACGCUCAACGAGUUCACUGACACCCUCGCGAGCUACAAGUCCACGCUGCAGAUCGGGCUGGGCACCAUUGUAAUGCGCAAAACGACACAGACGCAUGCUGUUCUGGAAAAGUACAACGAGCUGGUCCAGGAUACCGCGUACAACCUCGAGACGCAGCUGCAGCGCAUACAGGACAAGAUGGACGCCCUGGAGACCGUCACCAGCCCGGACCCCACCGUGACCGUCGACCUGACUGACGAAAAGGCCGUGACAGAACAGUGUCUCAGGAUCUGCGAGGAGGCCCAGGCUGUCCUGCAGCGCUUGCAGGCGGAGCAGCCGGGGAACAGACCGGCGGCGGGGGAGACGCAUCAGUCGCCACUGCCCGCGUCGGGCAGCACCGAGAGAGGCGCUGGCGGUGAUGAUGGUGGCGGGCGGUUCCAGGAGCAGUUCCAGGCACAAGUCAUGACCGCGACGGCUCUGGCCGAGAGCCAGCUCAGACUGGCGGAUACGAUCAGCCGCCUGCAGCAGCGGCUUGGGGUUGUGCUGGAUGCCACCAGCGGUGGCGAUCCGGACAGGGAGCGGGCGCGGCUGCAGGAGGACAUUGCCAUGUCCAAGCAGUGCCUCGAGGUGUGCAAUCUGGCCUCGAGCCUGUCGAGCCAGAAGAUCCACGUUGUCGGAGAGGUCGUCGCCGACGAGGACUGCGACCAGGUGGUGGUCACGACCCUGGCAGACCUGUGGAACGUCAAGAAGGUCAUGGCCGGCAGGAACUCGGCGCAGCUGGUCGGCUCCAUGGACGACGCCUCAUUGCAGAAGCUGUCCGGGGACCGGUACAACAGCCGGUUCGGGGCCGUGCCGACAUCGGUUGUGCUCCCGGGUGCGGGCGCCGCUACCCGGCCGGACAGGCCCGAGACGCUCUCCCCAUCUGGAUCUACUACAGAAGAUACAACGGCUGCGGACGAGAUGAGGAGGCGGAUACUGGAGGCUACGUUGGGGAGAUACGGACAGGUCACUAAUGCAUGAACGUUGAAGCGCGAGUGCGUUGUGGAGUGGGCAUCUAAGGUUUUUGGUGAUCCUCCAGCACGACUACACGUGGCAACAUAUCGACCAUGUAGAAGGAUGACUUGCAGAAAUAUGGCUUGUCAAUGCUUCUGCAGUCCCCAAGUCUCCCCAGUCCGCGAUCCCCGCCCUGUGCUACAAAAGACUAACAACCAGAGAGCGAUGGGAGACUGAGCACACGUGGAGGUGUGGGGUCGAUAGUUCCUGGGGUGGAGAAGCCUCAAUCAUGGUUCCACUUUACCGUCAAAGAUUCCUCCCCCAAGGCCAUCCUCUGCAGGCGGUCAUGAUAUACUUCUGCUGUGUUUCGGCAUAAUUUAGAGUCUUGAUGUGCUUCUGCAGCGCUUUGCGAUGUGUCUGCUGCCAC